GCUAAUCAAGUACUUUAAUUAAUAAAUUUCGUAAAAUUUAAAAUUAUCUCUCACUGCGUCGAGUUCAAAUUUCCCACCAAAUUUUAGUUCAAACAUCUGUCGUGCAGAUGACUACUGACUAGAGAGUCGAUUUCCUUUUCGUGUAGAUGAAGUUAACGUAAGCGUGGCUAAUCAAGGUACAAAAAGAAAAAUGAGCAGCUCAGAGGAGGUAUCAUGGAUUUCGUGGUUCUGCGGUCUGAGAGGAAACGAGUUUUUUUGCGAGGUAUGUAAAAUUUGUCAUAAUAAAUUAUCUGAAAUUCACAUACCUCUGUUCAAGGUGGACGAAGAUUAUAUCCAAGACAAAUUCAAUUUGACGGGGUUAAAUGAACAAGUGCCGCACUACAGGCAAGCUCUGGAUAUGAUUUUAGACUUAGAACCAGAUGAUGAAUUAGAUGAUAACCCUAACCAAUCAGAUCUGAUAGAACAAGCAGCUGAAAUGCUGUACGGACUAAUUCAUGCUAGGUAUAUUUUAACAAAUCGUGGAAUUGCGCAGAUGAUAGAGAAAUACCAGUCAGGAGACUUUGGAUACUGCCCGAGGGUAUAUUGCGAAUCACAGCCCAUGUUACCAUUAGGCUUAUCUGAUGUUCCCGGAGAAGCGAUGGUGAAAUCUUACUGUCCGAAAUGUAUGGACGUGUACACACCAAAAUCGUCGAGACAUCACCACACAGACGGAGCCUAUUUCGGCACCGGUUUCCCACACAUGUUGUUUAUGGUGCAUCCAGAAUAUAGGCCUAAACGUCCCACAAAUCAAUUCGUACCUAGGUUAUUCGGUUUCAAAAUACACCCCUUGGCAUAUCAGUUGCAGCAACAGGCGGCAUCUACAUUCAAGACCCCUCUCAGAAGUUUGAAUUUCAACAACGGCAAGCGCUAAAAGUGGACCUAUCUGAUGAAUUGUAAUCAAACUGAAAAAAUACCAUAGUUAAAACGUGUUACGAAGGAAUUGUAUUACUUUUUAUCAGUUGAGUGACCUGUAGUUAUAUAUUAUUUUAUAUAUGAAAUUGAAACAGUUGAGGAGUUUUCAGUCUGCUGAUUUUGUUCUGGGGUCAUUUCAAACAAGUGGGGUGGAAGUUGGAAUCGCAAAAGUCGUCAAACUAAUACCAAAAGAAAAUAUGAGUUUUUCAGAAAAUAUCCUUCAUUUCAUCAAAUGAAUAUAUAAUAUAAAAUGUUUCUUGAAGAUGAGUAAAGGAUUUACAUUCCUCAGUUUGUAAGCAUUAUUUUUGUUUUAUAAGAAUCUGAUUCAUUCCAGAAUAAAGAAGGCAUUUUGAAUUAUUUCUGAGAAGCAGACUUUCAAUGAUUAGAAGAACCAGAAUAUUCUAACUUUUUAUUCUUUAGUGAAUCAGCAUCUAAAAACAAUUUUUCAGUAAUUCAUGGUUUUUUAUUUGACUUUUGUGAGACGAUUUCAGUGAGAUUUUCAAUAUAAAUAGUAUGUCAUUCAUUUUCCUAAUUCACUGUUUGUAAAAGCUAAUCAAAUACUAGGUUAUUAUUUAUGUUAUGUACAACCCUGUUUAUAAAUACAGAGUGCUGUGUGUGUUGGCCAAAAUUGAUUCUGAAAUAUCUUUUUUUUUUUGUGAAAUCUCGUUUUUCGUUUUUACUUGUAUAUAUUUCCAUGAAUUUUGGCAAACAGUGGAUACCUCUGUAUUGCUAAGGUUUUAAUAUUAUUAAAUUAGUAAUUAUA